AAGUUCUUGCUUUCUCCAUUGCCAUUGUCUCUCAAAAUCUUGCCUUUCACAAUUGAAUUCAUAGCCUUUAUUAGCAGAAUCUCAUGUACAGUCUGCUCUCUUGUUUUUGAAAUCUGGGUUUUUUGUUAUAGUUUAAACCCUUCAAUCGAAAGCCUAAGUAAAAUUCCUCAAUUAUUCAGCAAUUUACGUAUAUAUAUAUUUUUUAUCUGUGGUGAUUGUUGAAACGGUAAGUUAGAAUUUAUCUGUAAAAAUUGAACUGAAGAUGACGAUCGAAUCGAUGCCAGGGAGUUCAGGAUACUUGGAUGCAGGAAAUAGGAAGAUAACCUAUUUCAGUAACGGUUAUGUUUUGGGGUUGACUGUUGUUGCGGGUAUUGGUGGUCUUCUUUUUGGCUAUGACACUGGAGUUAUAUCAGGUGCCCUUCUGUAUAUUCGUGAUGAAUUUGAAGAAGUCAAUCAAAGUAGCUUUCUGCAGGAAACAAUUGUCAGUAUGGCUUUAGUUGGUGCAAUAAUUGGAGCUGCCGUGGGUGGCUGGAUAAAUGAUUUUUAUGGACGUAAGAGGGCUACUCUGUCUGCUGAUGUUGUUUUCAUUAUUGGAUCUGUAGUCAUGGCUGCAGCUCCGAAUCCUUAUGUUCUUAUUGUUGGACGUUUCUUGGUUGGCUUGGGGGUGGGUGUUGCAUCUGUUACUGCUCCUGUGUAUAUUGCUGAGGCUUCCCCAUCAGAAAUUAGGGGAGGCCUUGUGAGCACAAAUGUGCUAAUGAUCACCGGUGGACAAUUUCUUUCAUACCUUGUGAAUCUUGCAUUUACAGAGGUUCCUGGUACAUGGCGAUGGAUGCUUGGAGUAUCUGCAGUGCCUGCCAUUCUUCAAUUUUUCUUUAUGCUAUUUUUGCCGGAAUCUCCUCGCUGGCUUUACCUGAAGAAGGAUAAAUCUCAAGCCAUUGUUGUGCUCUCAAAAAUUUAUGAUCCUUAUCGCUUGGAAGUUGAGAUCGAUCUGCUUGCUGCUGCACUUGAGGAAGAGCGCCAGAGGAAGAUUGCGGUCCGAUAUUCUGAUGUUUUUAAAGUGAAAGAAAUAAGACUUGCAUUUUUUGCUGGAGCUGGACUUCAGGCAUUCCAGCAGUUCACAGGUAUCAACACAGUUAUGUACUACAGCCCAACCAUUGUGCAGAUGGCUGGCUUCAGUUCCAAUCAACUCGCACUUCUCCUCUCCCUCAUCGUCGCAGCCAUGAAUGCUGCUGGUACAGUUGUGGGAAUACAUCUUAUCGACCACUUUGGUCGACGGAAAUUGGCCCUUAGCAGCUUGUCGGGUGUAAUAAUCUCUCUCAUUGUUCUCGCUGUAGCAUUUAUCUUGGAACCGUCUACUUCUUCCGUGAAUGGGCUCUACGGUUGGAUGGCGGUUGUGGGUUUGGCUCUUUAUAUAGCUUUCUUCUCUCCUGGAAUGGGGCCCGUGCCAUGGACCGUGAACUCGGAGAUAUAUCCUGAGGCGUACCGAGGAAUGUGUGGAGGUAUGUCGGCUACUGUGAACUGGAUAUCAAAUCUUAUAGUAGCCCAAAGUUUUCUCUCAGUAGCCGAUGCUGUUGGCACUGGUUCGACUUUCUUGAUACUUGCUGUCAUCGCUGUGGCCGCUUUUGUGUUCGUGGUUGUUUUCGUGCCCGAGACAAAGGGUUUGACAUUUGAGGAAGUGGAGAGGAUCUGGAAAGAGAGAGCUUGGGGCAGUGGAUAUAUCAGAGAAGCUCUACUUGAAGAAGGAAAUUAGCAGUGAGAGUGCAUCCUCUUUAUGCCUAUAGAGAGGAUUAUUUUGUGAUAACAUGUAUUACGUUUAGUGGUUACCCUCCCUAAAUAAUGCAUGGUUUUCAAAGGGAAGUGUUCCUGCUUGAAAAUCCAUCAUUUGAAAUGAGGUCGAGCUAAGAGCGACUUCAUUGCUAUAUUAUAACUUGUAUUAAGUUGCAAUUUGCUUUCUACCGCAUUGUUUGACUCGAAGUUUUAGCAGAACAAUCUGCUAAUUUUGAACUGAUUCAAAAUCAAUAAAGUCAAGAUUAGAUGUGGAUUUACAA